AACACAGGAUGGUUGUGUACAUAAGGUGACGUGGAACAGGCGAGUGAUAAUGUGAAUUUAGUGCACCGUGGUUGAAAUUAACACCAUUAGCUAGCUAGUUUAUUCAGACAUCCAACGCAGUACACGUUUAAAAAAAGAUUUAACUAUGUGCUGCUGUUGUUAGGUGAGUUGCUAUUGAGAUAUAAAGCGAGAAAACAGUGCUAGCUCGACAGCUGUCAGGCUAGCGAGGUGGUCGUGUCAGCACUGCUAACAUAGCUGACUGGCUCGCAUUGCGGAUAAAACACAACAGAACCUCCUGCAACAAACAGGUCUUGCAUGAGGUGGUCAUCUUUCCAGAGUUACCAUGGCGAGUCCAGAUGAUCUGAAGUUCCAAGAGUUUGAGGAGGCCACUGACCUGCUGUUAGCAGACCCUGGGGCCUCCACCCUCAGUAUGUCUGGCUCCAGCAGUACGUUCCCGGCCGGUGCCACUGGGGACAUCAAACUGGACAUGUCCGAUGAUGAGGGACAGGAGGAGAGUUCAGAGCUCCUAAGAGGGGAGAAACAAACUAGCGGUUUCUGGACCUUUGAGUACUACCAGUCAUUCUUCAAUGUGGAUACAAUGCAGGUGCUGGACAGGGUCAAGGGGUCGGUGAUGCCUUUACCAGGACGGCACUUUAUCAAACAUACCCUCCAGUCGAGUCCGGAUUUAUAUGGUCCCUUCUGGAUCUGCGUGACGCUGGUGUUCUCUCUGGCCAUCAGUGGAAACCUGUCCACCUUCCUGAACUCUCUGGGGAGCCCCCAUUACCACUACAGACCCCAGUUCCACAGAGUGACAAUAGCUGCAGUAGUGAUCUUCCUGUAUGCCUGGCUGGUGCCCCUGGGUGUAUGGGGUUUCCUGACCUGGAGGCAGAGGGAGGAGCGGCAGCAGAGUGGUUACUCCUUCCUGGAGACAGUGUGUGUCUACGGCUACUCCCUCUUCAUCUACAUCCCCACCUCAGUGUUGUGGAUCUUACCAUUCGAAUGGCUCCGAUGGCUCCUCAUCCUGGUCGCCAUGGUGAUCUCUGGGUCGGUCCUGGUGCUCACCUUCUGGCCUGUCGUCCGCGACGACACCAAGGUGACUGCUUUUGCCACUGUGGCAACAAUCGUCGUUCUCCAUGCGCUGCUAUCAAUUGGCUGCAAGAUGUAUUUCUUCCAGACAGCGACUCACACACCAGUUCCUACACUCGCACCCAACCACACAGCAGCAGUAUUGACCAACAAGACCCACUGACCAAGAGGAACCAGAGGGAGGGAGAUGUGUCAAUGUUUGAGACCACUGGGGAAUCUGAAAGGACUAGAUAAAAGGUUUAGGCGCCUGCAUACUCUGAUGCUCUAACCAAUAAUAAGGAUAGAGGACUGACAAGUGGUCAGAAAGGUACCCAUAACGUUGUGUUGGAGGUUCUGGAUAUGUGAGAUAUCCUACUCUAGUACAUUAUGGACUUAACUGGAUCAGCAGCCCAUUAAAGUACUGUGUAAUUGACUACAAAUGUUAUUACAAAGAGAAGGGACAAGGAUAGAGGCCUAUGAGUAUAAACAAGUUAUGGGUUAUGAGGAUUGCAUUGGGGGGAAAUGUUUUGCUUCUGCUGCAGAAAUGAUUCCGCACUUGUAUAUUGUAAUAAAUCAAUAUUUAUCAUGGAGAAGGUGGGUGUACCUCAAUAGUCGGGAGACUUCCUCUUAUCUAAUUUUAUCUGCACUAAAAAACAUAGGAAAGGAGGAAGCAUGAGAUCUGCUCUAACCAGCUCAGUUCUGUCAGUGCAGAUAGAUACAAGGAAAGGAAUUAUUUUUUAGACUUGAAAUCCUCAGCUGCAGUCUGAUCUUGAGAUGAACCUAUUGAAGGGAAAUGCUGUAUGAAUGUUUAACUAAUGUACUAAUACAGGGGUGGCCAACCUUACCCAUAAAGGUGCAUGCUUUUGUUCCAGCCAAGCAAAAACACCUGAUUCUACCAUCAGACGAGUUGGAUCAACAGGUAUGUUACAGCUUGGCUGGAACCAAGGCCUACUACACCCACACCAGCCCUCUGUGGGUGAGGUUGUAUACCUCAGAGAAAAAAAAGGGUUGUUCUAGAACUCAAACUACUCCUAUGACCUGGAACGUGUAGUACUGUGCUGACUAAUGUAUCCAGACCACUUUUUCUUUUUGUAGAUAGACUUGUAAAUUAAGGAAAGGGUUUGUCAGUGUAUUUAUUUAUUCUUUGUUCACACUUCUGGGUUUGUGAUUAAACUGUCAUUUCAGUC